AUGAUAGCGCGAUCUCAGCGGAAACCACAACAAAGAAAUCCUUUUGUGUUUUUAGAUAUUGCUAUUGACGGAGAACAAGCAGGGCGCAUUGUUGUUGAGCUGAGAGCUGAUAUUGUACCUAAAACUGCCGAAAACUUUAGGGCAUUGUGCACAGGAGAGAAGGGAAUAGGUGUUAAUGGAAAACCCCUUCAUUAUAAGGGUGUAAGGUUUCAUAAAGCUGUCAGUCAAUUUAUGGUGCAAGGUGGUGAUAUUAUAAAUGGUGAUGGGACCGGAGGCGAAAGUAUAUACGGACCAACGUUUGAGGAUGAAAAUUUUAAGUUAGAGCACGAGGCAGGGGUGCUCAGCAUGGCGAACCAGGGCCGGCCGCACACGAACGGCUCGCAGUUCUGCUUGACGAGCGUGCCCUGCCCCCAGCUCGACGGGCGGAACGUGGCCUUCGGCCGGAUCCGCGCCGGCCUCGGCCUGCUCGCCGAGAUACAGUCGUGCGCGGACGAAGACGGUCGGCCGACGGUGGAAUGCCUGAUAGAAAACUGCGGCGAGUUGGAAGACCCGGAUAAUUGGGACGUAUGCUGUAGAGACGGCACCUCGGAUAGACUGCCCGAGUACCCAGAAGACUAUCACUGUGACGGAAUAUCGGUGGAAGAGUGGAUUUCUGGAGUCAGCGGCGUCAAGAGCAGCGGCAACGCUUAUUUCGGACGCGCGCGCUACAAGACCGCCGCGCGGAAGUAUCUCAAGUGCCUGCGAUAUCUCUCCCACCUAUCCCACUCGAUGCCCAGCGUUUACAGAGAAAUAGCGACUUACACGCAUCAGUGCAACCUUAAUUUGGCUGCGUGCUACACGAAGUUAGGGGACUACAGAGCUUGCGUGAAGUAUUGUACACAGGUACUCCACGCCGACGCGGGCAACGAGAAGGCGCUGUACCGUCGCGGCCAGGCGAACUUCGCCCUAAAGAACUACGAGUCUGCCCUCUCGGACCUCAAGCAGGUGAGCGCCCUCUCCCCUGGCAACAGGGCCGCCCAGAAGCUUCUAGAGGAGGUGCGAGCCACCAACAGGAGCUACAACGAGACGCAGAAGCAGAGGCUCUCGAAGUUUUUUCGCGAGCAAAAGGAGGAGGGCGUCGCGGUCGGCCAUCAC